AUGACUAUGGGUUUAACUGGAAUACCAUACGAAGAAAUGCUAAACAACUUUAUUUUUAAAUGCACAGUGCGCAUUGCUCUGCUGAACCAAGAAAUACAAGAACAGAGGGCUCUUCAAACCGGCAGAGAAGAGAAAUACAAUGACUUGUGCCAAGCAGUACUACUUCACGCAGAUGAGACUAGAAGAAUAGUUCAGUAUAUUAAUGCGCUGGACAUACCACAUAGUGAAAAGGUUUCUCUUUUAGAAUAUGCCAAGGUGGCUACUUUAGAGAGUGCUUUUUACAACAUGGGACAUGCACUAAUUGAGAUGAAGGGAUUGCAGGCUAUCUCUCAGAUAAACACAUGCUUUAUUCGAAGGACAAGAAAGUUUUGGGUUGACCUAAAUAACAUAGACACCCUUUGCAGUAUGAUUAUACCACACUUACCUGUAUACAUAUUUGGAGAUGAUGGCAGUGCCAAAGUAUCAUCAUACAUAUCAAGUGUGUAUUUUGAUACGAACAACUUUAAUCUGUAUGAUAGGAGAAUUAAGAGGGAUCAAGGCGCAAAAUCAUUACGUAUUCGCAGUUAUGGCGAGUCAUCUAUUAUUUCUUAUGUAGAGCUAAAAACUCAUGAAGAUGGAUGGACUGGAGAAAGAAGUACAAAAAAACGGUUUCUUGUGCACACUAGACUAAUUCCACAACUGGCAGAGGGAGUUGAUAUAUGGGACGAAAUUAAAACCAUAAAUGUAGCAGAGCCAGCGGAAGCAUUCACUUUAUAUCAAGAGGUUCUCGACCUAAUCAGAAGGCUUUCCCUAAAACCCGUUGUAAAAACAGUGUACAGGCGAACGGCCUUCCAGUUUCCAGAAGAUGCAUCAAUUAGAAUAUCUCUAGAUACACACCUUGCCAUGUGGUGUGGUAAUGUAGGAAAGCACUUUCCCUAUGCUAUUUUAGAGGUGAAGCUUGAAGAGGGAAAUGAGCAGGACUGGAUUCUUGAGCUAAUGAACAGUGCGCUUGUAGUCCCUGUUGACAAAUUCUCAAAGUACUUGCACGGCUGCUCUGUACACUAUCCAAAUGUUCCAUCUAUCCCGUACUGGUACAACCAGAUAACUCUUCCGCAAGCUCAAAACAUAGAAAUUGCCCAUGCGCCCAUACAAAACAUUAGACUAUCUAAGAUAAACAGAGAAAUAUCUGAAUUAUUAGAUUAUAUCAACAAACAAUCGCAAUACAAAGAUACAAACAUACCAAGCGCAGAAUUACCAUCUGAGUCAGGGAGUGGUGUGUAUGAUAGCACGUCCAGCAGUGACUCAUAUUCUGAGAGGCAGCCACACGAUGUUUUAAAUAUGUGUUCAGAUAAUACUGCUACAAACAACCCGCAUGGACAGACUGAAUUACACCAGAAUUUAUUACAAAUGCGAAACAUGCAACAAGUACAAACACAAAAUACAAAUGUAAACAGACAAACAAUGAAUGGAGAAGACAGAACAAAAGAGUUUUUCCAGCCAAGUGCUUUAAGACAAACCAAUGGGCCAGCUGUUCCGGCAGUUCCUUCAGAUAAGCCAGUAACCGUCCCCGUAAGAAUUGAACCAAAAGUGUUUUUUGCAAAUGAAAGAACAUUUCUGUCUUGGCUGCACUUUGCAAUUUUUAUUGGAGGUGUGGGUGCAGCCUUAAUGGGACUUGGGGAUGUAAAUGCUGCUUUGUCUGGAGUGUGCUUUAUCGUGGUUUCCAUUAUAUUUUCUGUCUACGCCUUAUAUCUGUAUAUUUGGAGGGCACAAAAAAUAAAUGAGAAAAACCCAGGGCCAUACCAUGACCACCAUGGACCGAUCAUUCUUGUUGCAGUCUUUCUUUCUGCUAUGGUUACAUCGGUUUUCUUCAAGUUCCCUUUAAAGUAA